UCUGCUUGGUUGAACAAACGUGUUUCAUUUUUUUCAGCAGCUGACUCAGCUUGUUUACUUGCGUUUUAGAAAUGGAUUGUGAAACAUUAAUAAGUGAGAUAAUGGAAAACCCACCAUUGUGGGAUACAAAAAAUAAGAACUAUUCCAAUAAAAUAGUAACCGAGAACAUAUGGGAUUCUAUUUCAAUAGUGAUGAAUGCACCAAAGAUCCAAUGCAAAAAGAAAUUUAAGUACUUAAAGGACGAGUACAGGAAGGCGCUGCGAAAGGUCCCUCAACCAGGAGCUGAAGCAGAGACUUUCGUUUCAAAAUUUAAAUACUUCGAGCUGAUGAGUUUUUUAAGAGACGAUUUCGCGGUGGCAGGAUACAGCCACAAGCGUAAGACAGACUUGGAUGAAUCAUACGUGGACACAGAAAAGAAAAAUCUAAAACCUUUGGAAGCAGAAAUCAAACGAGCAUAUAAGGAAGACUCGGACGACUUGCAGUUUUUUAAAAGUUUAUUACCAUAUGUUAAAAAUAUUUCACCCCUUCAAAAAUUACAGUUUAGGUCUAACCUAAUAAAUAAUAUUAUUGAAAUAACAAAAGAGGAGGGGUUAAAUGAACUAAAUGUACAUAUCUGAAACACACAAGCUUACAAAAAAUAAAAUAUUUACACGAAUAUGUAAAAAACUGAAAUAAAUAAUGAGUGAG